AUGCGGGCUAGGGGCGGCGGACUGGACUGGGGACGGCUCGGGGGCCUCACAGAUAGGGAGCAACGGUUAAAGAAAGAUUACAAUACUGUCAAGUCUAUUUUGAACAAGAGUGGCUUUGGAUGGGAUCCUUUGCAAAAAGUGCUAGAAUCCAUUGAUGAAAAAUGGGAUGAGUUGAGUAAAGAACAAAGGAAGUGGAGGUACAAAGCAUUCCCUCACUAUGAUGAUUUGCAUGGAAUUUAUGACGGUAAAACAGCAGAGGGGAAGCGUUGUAAAAGGACAACUGAUAUGUUCGAAGAGAAGGACAGCUCACCUGCUUUUGUACCAGAAGAAACCUACACAGAAUCAGUUCUUCGGGCCGCUAGACUUAAUUCGCUGCCUCCAACAAUACCUGCUCCAGGCUUCGAUGGUCACCAGUAUGAUUGGGACAGAGGCUUAUAUGGUGAUGAUGUGGAGUUUCCUUCUGUUUCUCAUUCUCAAGGUGUGGAAAAUUCUAGUAGUCAGUUUGAAGCUAAAGAGAACUACAUAGUUCCUGACCAACCACCAAAGAGGUAUAAUGCUGCAAAAGGCAGUGACGAACGCAGGCCUAAGAAAAGCAAGGAAUCAGCGAUUGACAAUCUGGUGGCUUUUAGAAAGGAAGAACUCCAGACAUAUGUGGAAGUAAAGUCGAAACAAAUUCAGAGCUACAGAGAUGUCAAGAUGGCACAGUUGCAACAAAGUGAUCCUGACAAUGAUCCUUACUACAUUACCAAAUGCAUCGCUAAAGUGAAGACUGUAGAUAAACUUUCACCACGUGAUCAUCUAAAGAUCAUAGAGUACCUAAUAGAGCAAAGAAUAGAACGUCAAGUCUUUAUGACAGUGGAUGAUGAAGUGUUUAUGGAGAUACUGAAGAAAGUGCUUGGUCGCGAUGAGAUCUGA